AUGUUAAAUCAUGAACCGUUUUCCUUCUUCACCCAAUAUUUCACCUCUUUUAUUAACCUAGAAGAUGCCAGGGCGGAUCAUCAGCACGAGGAGAUUAAGAAGCAACUUCGUCUAACAGUAAGUUACCCCUUUUUGAAUGAUUCCUUAUUUCGACAUAGAGCUCAAAGAUAAUAUAGUUUGAAAACAGCUAAUGGAGGCUGGAGAUGGAUUCGGAAGAUUAACCAGCGACUUGUUUCAGCUUUUUGGCCGUCGUGGGAUCUAUUCAGCUGCCUUGAAGAACCUGUACGCUCUCCGAAUUCGAGCUAUAAGGGGUAAUAUUGGAGAUGUGAGGUUGGGCAUCAAGAUCAACCCGUUGGAAGACGCGACCUCUUACUUGGUUAACGAGCAUGAUUACGUAUUCUGCGGAGAUUACGUGGAUAUAAUCAAACUGGUGGUUCCGGUGUUCUCUGGAAUCUCCUUUCAAGUUGAUCAAGACGGACACACCAUGAUUACAAUGUAUGGGUUCUCCAAAGGCUGCCCAACUGAGUCUUAUACGAGAAUUUUAUGCAAUGGUAAGUCUUUUUCUUUCAUUUUUUCGAUUUUAGACAUUCUUAAAUGGAAGUUCAAGAUUAAUCAGAACAGUAUCUGCAGAUUGAUCGCAGAAUUGGCCCCUAAUUUGAAGACGAUUGACUUUACGUCGUGUGAUAAUACUUCAUACUAUCGAGUAGCGGAUGUCCUAGCAACAACUCCAGCCAUGAGUCUGGAUCGAGUCACAGUUCGGCUCCAGGAAGGGUGUAAACCGAGCAUCUUUGACUUUUGUGCCAUCCACAGGGUUAAACAUCUGGAAAUAUGGCCUUGCCCAUGGAAAUUAUUCCUUCUGGAUAAGAUUGAGAUGUAAGUUGAUUAUAUGUCUUUUCAAUGUGUUUAGGUGGGUUUGUUUUUCUGGUUCAACAUCUGAUUUUAUUGUUUCAGGCAUUAUACUGUCUAUUUCUGAUGUUUUACUUUUUCAGACGACGGAAAUUUGAAGUGGAUACCUUCACCAUUUGCCUUUUUGGAUCUCCGGGAAUGGAAACUCGGUUUUAUCAAGUGGAACGGCAUAUUUUAGAUUUAUUAGAACAAACAAUGACCAGGAUCGUCACCAAGAACAUCAAAUUGGCAGUUGAUGUCCCGAGUUCCGGUGUGUUCGUCCGUUUCAGCCCGUCAAUACGGGAGUACGACAGCUUAAUCCAGCGUUUUAUGAGCCCCGGUGUCAAGUACACUUUGGAAAUGAACCGAGUUCUGGACGAUCUCGCUGAAGAUAUAGUGUCAUUGGCAAUUUGUGAGAUUGGGCUUGAAGAUCUGUCAAGUUUGCUCUACAACGGCCCUCCACCCGAGAGAAACUCCUUGCAAUUGGUGAACCGAUCUUCCCUGGUGGCCCAAUUGAGGUGUGAUUUGUAUUCCGACGUCCAGUUGGAGGUGAACUGGAAGAGAAGAACUAGGUCCCUGAAGGACCAGGAACACAUCUCCGUCAAAUUGGGAAGCAGCAACGGUCUCUAA